AUGUCUCCCGGAAUCACAGAGACUGUGGUCCCCAGCAAAGCCACGACCCUCACUCAUCUUACCGAAGGAUGGGACGACACUCUCCGAUUUUACCUAAACGGCACGAGAGUCACGCUAGACUCGAUCGACCCCGAAGUUACACUACUCGAAUAUCUGAGAGGCAUUGGGCUGAAAGGCACCAAGUUAGGCUGUGCGGAGGGAGGUUGUGGAGCAUGCACUGUAGUUGUCUCGCAUUUCAACCCAACGACCAAGAAAAUCUACCAUGCCUCCAUCAACGCUUGUCUUGCGCCUUUGGUUAGUGUCGAUGGGAAACAUGUUAUAACAAUCGAGGGGAUUGGGAGUAUCAAGAACCCUCAUGCUGUGCAGCAACGGAUCGCGGUGGGAAAUGGAAGUCAGUGCGGGUUCUGUACGCCAGGGAUUGUCAUGAGUCUCUACGCCCUCCUGCGUAACAACCCGAAGCCGUCGGAACUUGCCGUUGAAGAAGCUUUUGAUGGAAACCUUUGCCGGUGCACCGGAUACCGGCCUAUCUUGGACGCAGCCCAGAGCUUCAAUACAUCGAAUAUUUGUGGGAAAGCGACUGCAAAUGGCGGAGGUGGCUGUUGUAUGGAGAAACAGAACGGUUCAUGCUGCGAAGAGCACCCGGAGACCCACGGUGAAAAUGGCAGUUCGGCGAAAUUUUCACCACCGGAUUUCAUCCCUUACAGCCCAGACACGGAAUUAAUAUUCCCUUCGGCUCUACGGAAACAUGAAUUUCGACCACUGGCAUUGGGCAACAAACGAAAGAAGUGGUAUCGACCUGCUACAUUGGAACAGCUCCUGGAAAUAAAGAGCGUUCAUCCUACAGCAAAGCUCAUCGGCGGGAGCACUGAGACACAGAUCGAGACUAAGUUUAAGGCUUUGCGGUAUAAUCCCUCCGUCUACGUGGGCGAUAUUAUCGAACUGCGCCAGUACUCCUUUCAAGACGACCACUUGGAGAUCGGCGCCAACGUGUCUCUGACCGACCUCGACGAUAUCUGCGAAGAAGCCCUGGAAAGAUAUGGCCCUGUUCGGGGCCAGCCCUUCAACGCCAUCAAGAAACAGCUCCGUUACUUCGCCGGGAGGCAAAUUCGGAAUGUCGCAUCUCCGGCUGGAAAUUUGGCUACCGCGUCGCCCAUUUCAGAUCUAAACCCAGUUUUUGUCGCAACGAAUACGGUCUUGACUGCCAAGUCACUGGGUAAAGAGACAGACCUACCGAUGAGCGAAUUCUUCAAAGGGUACCGAACGACCGCUCUUCCUCCGGACGCUAUUAUUGCCAGUCUACGCAUUCCAAUCUCGCAGGCAAAAGGGGAAUAUAUCCGUGCUUACAAGCAGUCAAAAAGAAAGGAUGAUGAUAUUGCCAUUGUCAACGCCGCUCUACGCGUAUCACUCUCGCCCACGAACGAUGUCACAGGCGUGAACUUGGUUUUCGGAGGUCUAGCCCCGAUGACUGUCUCUGCGAAGAAUGCAGAAACUUUCUUAAACGGAAAAAGGUUCACCAGCCCUGCUACCUUGGAGGGUACCAUGGGUGCCCUAGAGAGGGACUUUGAUCUGAAGUUUGGAGUUCCGGGCGGUAUGGCUACGUAUCGCAGGUCUCUUGCUUUGGGUUUCUUUUACCGAUUCUACCAUGACGUCCUCCGCGAGCUCAAUGUCUGUGCCGCUGAUCUUGAUGAGGACGUGGUCGCUGAAAUCGAGAGAGCUAUUUCUUCUGGGAAGAAGGAUCAGGAGUCAUCAGUGGCUUAUGAACAAAACACCCUUGGGAAAUCUACACCUCACGUCUCGGCGAUGAAACAAGCCACUGGUGAGGCUCAAUAUACCGACGACAUCCCUGCGCAGCAGAACGAGCUAUACGGUUGCCUUGUCAUCUCAGCUAAAGCUCAUGCCAAGAUUCUUAAUGUUGACGCAUCCGCGGCUUUGGAUAUGCCAGGUGCCCACUAUUUCGUCACGCAUAAGGACUUGCCCAGCCCAGAAGCCAAUUGGUGGGGCGCUCCAGUAUCCGAUGAGCAGUUCUUUGCAGUGGACAAGGUUACUACCGCCGGCCAGCCUAUCGGCAUGAUCCUUGCAAGCUCAGCGAAGGCUGCUGAAGAUGCUUCCAGGGCUGUCAAAGUCGAAUACGAGGAUUUGCCGGCAAUCCUGACCAUUGAGGAGGCAAUUGAAGCGAAAUCGUUCUUUGGCCAUGACCAUUCCAUCAAAAAUGGUGAUACCGAUUCUGCUUUCAAACAAGCGGACCAUGUCUUUACGGGGGUGUCGAGGAUGGGUGGCCAGGAGCACUUUUAUCUGGAAACACAGGCUUGUGUGGCCAUUCCGAAGCUCGAGGAUGGUGAAAUGGAGGUCUGGAGUAGUACUCAGAACCCUACCGAGACACAAGCAUACGUUGCUCAGGUUACCGGCGUUGCUGAGAAUAAGAUUGUUUCUAGAGUCAAGCGACUCGGUGGUGGUUUCGGCGGUAAAGAAACGCGCUCCGUUCUGCUCGCUGGUAUAUGCGCCACAGCAGCUGCAAAGGCUAGGCGACCGGUUCGAUGCAUGCUCAACCGCGAUGAAGAUAUUGCCGUCUCAGGACAGCGUCAUCCGUUCCUCUGCCAAUGGAAGGUGGGGGUGGCCAAAGAUGGAAAGCUUCUUGCACUUGACGCAGAUGUCUUUGCCAAUGGUGGCAAUACGCAAGAUCUCUCUGCCGCGGUUGUAGAUAGAAGUUUGUCGCAUAUUGACAACGUUUACAACUUUCCAAAUGUCAAUGUUCGGGGUCGCAUUUGCAAGACCAACACGGUAUCCAACACCGCAUUCCGUGGAUUUGGAGGUCCCCAGGGGCUUUUCUUCGCGGAAUGCAUUGUGGAAGAAGUCGCGGAUUAUCUAAAUAUCCCCGUGGAGAAGUUACGGGAGAAGAACAUGUAUCAACCUGGUGACAAGACUCAUUUCAACCAGGAGCUCAAGGAUUGGCAUGUUCCGCUUAUGUACAAGCAAGUCCUGGAAGAGAGCUCCUACAAAGAACGCCGGAAAGCCGUGGAAGAAUACAACAAGAACCACAGAUGGUCGAAACGCGGCAUGGCUAUCAUCCCAACCAAGUUCGGCAUCUCCUUCACUGCUACAUUCCUGAACCAGGCAGGAGCACUAGUACACAUCUACCGUGAUGGAAGCGUGCUCGUCGCCCACGGCGGUGUCGAAAUGGGCCAGGGCCUACACACCAAAAUGAUAAUGAUAGCAGCAGAAGCUCUUCAAGUGCCCCAAUCUGACGUCUUCAUCUCAGAAACCGCUACAAACACAGUUGCCAACACAUCGCCCACAGCCGCCUCCGCUAGUUCCGACCUAAAUGGCUACGCCAUCUUCAAUGCUUGCGAGCAACUCAACCAACGCCUCCAACCCUACCGCAAGAAAAUGCCCAAUGCCAGCUUAAAAGACCUCGCCAACGCAGCGUACUUCGACCGCGUCAACCUCUCCGCGCAAGGCUACUACCGCACCCCCGACAUCGGCUACGUCUGGGGCGAGAACACAGGCCAGAUGUUUUUCUACUUCACGCAAGGCGUAACAGCGGCAGAAGUCCAAAUUGACACUCUAACAGGCGACUGGACAGUCUUGCGGGCCGAUAUCAAAAUGGACGUCGGCCAAUCCAUCAAUCCCGCCGUCGACUACGGCCAAAUCGAAGGCGCUUUUAUCCAAGGCCAGGGCCUCUUCACGACCGAAGAAAGCCUCUGGCACAGAGCAACCGGCCAAAUCGCCACCAAGGGUCCCGGGAACUACAAAAUCCCUGGCUUCCGCGAUAUCCCGCAGGUCUUCAACGUGAGUCUGCUCAAGGACGUGGAGUGGGAAAAUCUACGGACGAUCCAGCGCUCGCGGGGUGUUGGCGAGCCGCCGCUUUUUAUGGGGAGUGCGGUUUUCUUUGGGAUUAGGGAUGCGCUCAAGGCGGCGAGGAGGGAGUGGGGGGUUAGUGAGGUGUUGAGGUUGAGGAGUCCGGCGACGCCGGAGAGGAUUAGGGUUAGUUGUGUGGAUCCGAUCAUUGAGAGGGUGAGGGUUGUUCCGGAGAAGGAGGAGAAGAGCUUUUUUGUUGAGAUUUAG